UAGAGUCCUUGCUUCACCCAACCAAUUCCACCAUAAGGACCAACGUCAGUCAGUGCAUUUGUGAAAGAGGGAGCGAGAAAGAGAGAUAGAGGGAGCCACAAUCUGCCACUGCAGCUGCCUGAACUCCACAUUCAAAAAAUCUUCACCAUUUCCAUCCAGUCUCACGUCAACAGACCAGCUUUAAAGCCAAAACAAAACAAACACACACAAUUUUUUUUACAGCAGGCAGCUGAAGGAUGUGAAAAAAUAGAUUUACUCUGAUGGAAAAGGUACUGAAGUAUGCAUUGUGAAAAGGGAUUCAUUACUUUGCAGUCUUUGUGCCAGAAAUAGAGAAGACCAUGAAAAGAAACCGGCUUCCGAGCAGCAGUGACGAUUCUGACGACAAUGACAGUCAUUCAACUUCCUGGUCUCAGCAUUCCAAAUCACAGCACAGGAGAAGCUCAACUUCAAGGCACAAAGACCGAAAACCAUCUGAGGUCUACAGAACAGACUUGAUAACUGCAAUGAAACUACAUGAUUCACACCAGCUGAAUUCAGACGAAUAUUAUAUUCUAGCUGAUUCGUGGAGACAGGAAUGGGAGAAGGGAGUUCAAGUACCUGUUAGUCCGGAGUCAGUGCCACAAGCAAGUGUCAGGGUAACAGAUGAAAAGGAUACAGCUGUGAUAUUUUCUCGACCAAGGAAGUAUAUUCAUUCCUCUGGGUCUGAGCCACCGGAGCUUGGCUAUGUGGACAUCCGCACACUUGCGGACAGUGUGUGUCGCUAUGAUCUAGAUGAUAUGGAUGUUGCCUGGCUGGAGCUGCUGAAUGAAGAAUUCAGAGGAAUGGGGAUGGCUGAAUUAGAUGAGUUCACCAUGGAGAGGGUCAUGGAAGAACUGGAGCGAAGAUGUGAUGACAAUAUGAACCAUGCCAUUGAGACAGAAGAAGGUCUUGGGAUUGAAUAUGAUGAAGAUGUGGUGUGCGAUGUGUGUCAAUCUCCAGAUGGUGAGGAUGGCAAUGAGAUGGUUUUCUGUGACAAGUGCAACAUCUGUGUCCAUCAGGCUUGUUAUGGAAUUUUGAAGGUUCCUGAAGGCAGCUGGCUAUGUCGAACCUGUGCACUAGGUGUCCAGCCAAAAUGCUUGCUCUGCCCCAAAAAAGGCGGAGCCAUGAAGCCCACUCGCAGCGGGACAAAGUGGGUUCACGUCAGUUGUGCUUUAUGGAUUCCUGAGGUUAGCAUAGGCUGUCCAGAAAAGAUGGAGCCCAUAACAAAGAUAUCCCAUGUUCCCGCUAGCAGAUGGGCAUUAGUGUGCAGCUUGUGUACGGAGAAGACUGGAGCCUGCAUACAGUGUUCAGUGAAGAACUGUCGAACGGCCUUUCAUGUGACUUGUGCUUUUGAUCGCAAUUUGGAAAUGAAGACUAUACUGGCAGAAAAUGAUGAGGUAAAGUUUAAAUCUUACUGCCCAAAGCACAGCAGCAAGGAGCCAGAUGAGGGAACCAAAAACUAUUCCACUGCAGAGAGAGAGGAGAAACCCACCAUUGUGGAGAGCGCUCUGGAUAGCAUGGAUCAGACUCAGGAGGAAGCCCAGAGGAUCAGCCUCCGUAAGCAAAAACUCCAACAACUGGAGGAUGAAUUUUAUAACUUUGUCAGCAUCUCUGAAGUGUCCCAGCAUUUGAAGUUGUCUGAGGAGCUUGUGGAUUUUAUUUACCAGUACUGGAAAGGAAAAAGGAAGAGCAAUUUAAAUAAGCCUCUCUUCACUCCCAAAAAGGAUGAGGAGGACAAUCUGGCAAAGCAGGAGCAAGAUGUCUUGUUCAGACGGUUGCAGCUUUUCACCCACCUCCGACAGGACCUAGAGAGGGUUCGAAACCUUACUUACAUGGUGACACGAAGGGAGAAGAUUAAGAGGUCAAUCUGUCGAGUCCAAGAGCAGAUAUUCCACCACCAAAUGAAACUUCUUGAAGAAGAGCGCAUUUCUGGUGUGCCUUCAGCAUUCCCAUCAGCAGAUGCUUUAUUCCUUGGUUGGCUGGCACAAUCUCAUCCGGUUUCCAAAAUAGGUGGUUUACAAUGGAAGUUGAACAGAGAACUGGAGACGAGCCAGCAUCCUGAUAAGGUCUGGCGUGAAAAGAGCUCCCAAUUGAGUGGCAGAAUGCAAAGCCACUCUGACUCUGCUAAACAGAGUUUAUUGAAACAAUCAAACCGAUCCAGUGAAUGCAAAAACACACCUAACCUUCACAGGGUCAAGGAGGACUACAACAGCCCAAGUAUUCUUCCGCCAUACGACAAGAUUCGUAGUGAGGCGCGAGGUAGUGCCCGUGAGAGGAAUAAUGGUCUGACUACUCCUGACCAUAGGAAGAAAACUGACAUCAGCAGACGUAGUACAGGAGGCAAAGCUGAAUUGAGAGAGAGAGCUUGUUCAAAACGGGACAAAUCCUACGUGUCUGCAGAAUUAACCCUACGGCAGUCUGAAAACAAACGAGCUUUGUGUGCUCCAGUGUGUAAAAUUCCCUCUGUUAGCAUACGGAGGUUAUCUGGGGACGGCAGUCACACACACACCAAAUUUAAUGGUACCUUGAGCAAGGUAGCGUGCAAUCAAACUGCUGUUCCUACUGGACGACCUGCAGUCAAAGUGCCUACAACGCCUACAAGUCCAGUGAAAAACUGGGGUGGGUUCAAAAUCCCUAAAAAGGGAGAACGGAAGCAGCACGAGGAGAGACAGGAGCCCUGCCGGCAGAACACUGAAUCCACACAAUACCAGCACUUGGGAUCACAGCGAACCUCGCCCAAGGAGAGAACCAAGGUGAGGUUGCUGCCAGACAGUGAGAACGAUGGCUAUAGUCCUGAUGUUGAGAUGAGUGAUUCGGAAACGGAGUCAACAGACAAUUGCAAGCCACAGCGGCUGAAUUCAAACGGUGAACAGGAGGUAUGGGACAGAUACUAUUCGAAGAAGCAUCCUGGCCUCUUGAUCUGGGGGUGUGGGAUGGGGGUACGGCAGUAAGUCCACUCUCUGCCUGGUAACCAUUACCGGUCCCAACAAAUAUUUUAUUUACAUGCCUUGUUGUGAUAUGAUAUUUCUUCAAGCCAAGUAUUGGUACCCAGGGACAUUUCCUAUCAUGGAAUGUUUUGUCAGUAAAACACUUGUGUUUCAGUCAUAUGCUACAAUUUUGUAGUGAAUGAAUCUGCCCCAUACACAGUUAUCAGGUAGGCCUUCUGCAAAGAUUAUUGAAACAUCGGUAACUAGACUAUAACAUGCCAGCUGUAAAGCAAAGAUUCAAAAUCUUAAUCACUUUAUAUAUAAAAAAAUGUUUAACUUAGAAUCCCAGUGGUCGAGCGGUUAGUGCACCACAUUUCAUUAUUGACUUAUUUUUUUAAGGCAUGAUUUAAAAAAAAAUGAAAAUAACUUUAAAAAAAAUCAUUAGGCUUUAUCUAGUAUUUUGAGCAAAAAACAGACUGCAGUGUGGAUGCAGCAAAUUCUGUUCCUCAGCAGAUGUAACUAUCAGUAAAUUGGUAAAAACCCAGUGUUCAACAGUAUUAAAUUGUCAUUGCAGAGUUCUUCACUUCAAAGUAUUCAACUGAUCUGUAAGUGGUCAGGCUGAACCAUACUAAGCAGUGGAACCAAUGAGAGGUUCAGAUAUACAGCACUUGCAGGAAGGAAUCCCGUGUGCUUCAUAAAUUCUACUAUAAGUACGUGCAAGGAUUGCUUGCAACUUAAUGAGUUUGUGGAGCUGUGACAGGAUUUUUUUUCCUGUAUUCUGUUUUGUUCCCCAUUCUGUUCCUUCCUGAAAAACUGGAGUGCAAUUCAUUUACUGUGUGAUAAUUUGUAAGAUUAUUAGUCCUUUACCUUUUUAAAAGAUCGUUUGUCUGCACCAUGCACGUAUUGCCUUUAUUUUAGACUGGCCUUUUAAAUGCAACUAGCCCAUUCCACAUACUUGAAUCGGAUGUCACUUGUACCGAAUCAGCUGUUAGGAAGAAUAUGCAUUGCAGAAAUAGCCCAUUCCCAAAUUCAGUGGGAGCAGUGAGGAGAAAAUUACAAAAACUUCAAGGUAUUUUUCCUAUUUUUUUGAAGUUCAGUAAAGGAUGGUGGUGCAUUAUCCAUUUUGAUUCCAGCAUUAAAGAUCCUCUGAAUUUGUGAUGCAUCAGGUAUUAUCGUGAGGAGCCAGAACAUUUCCAAUUCACCAUUUUGAUUUCUCCCUCCCUCCCUCCCUCCCUCCCUCCCUCGAAGAGUAACCUGCAACAAUAUUGUAUAAACCACAGUAGAGCAGCUGCACUACUUUAGUAAUCUGCAUCAUUAUGUUCUUUGUUUAAAAUUUCUUCAUACAACCAGUGAGGGGGUACAACAGCAGCACUAAAAGGAGGAACUUUUCAGUCAGUAUAAUAACAUUCAAUAUUCAAACACCUUUGUAAUCCAACUUUUAAUCUAAUUACUGGACAUUCCUUUUUACUUUAAAUUCUAGUAUUGUUUAACUGGGAUUACGUGCAGCAAGGGAUGGUCUUGUCCGAACAUUGAAUACCAUCGGGGAUUAGGAAGAAGGUUUCACAUCUCAAACUUAAAGCACAGCUAAACCCAGUGUUCUUAUUCUCAAAGCAAUGUCAACAAAGUCAAAAAUACAAAAUGGCCAUUUUAAUAAUUUAUGGGAAACCUAUUUAAAGUUCCAAGCUUUCAAUCUCUUAUAAAUUUGUUAAAAAUGAUCUGGUUUUUAAAAAUCUCCAAAAUUCUUAAUACAUAGUGUUGCAUGCACUGUAUUGAAUUUAUGUCCUGCUCAUGUGCUGUAAUGCAGUUGAAAAUACUUCAAGUAGACACUAUCAAUAUUGAAAUGUAUAUUUAAUUUUAUUAAGUGGCCUUUUCUAAUCCUUAUUCAGUGCAAUAGCUAUGUAUUAAUUUUUAAAAAUUGUAGAAAGGUCUUUGGCUUACAUGUUUGACAUGAGUAUUUAUGCAUCUUGGAUAUGCAACUUAGUUUGAAAUAUUUGCAGCAUUUUAAUCUUUGUUUUUUAGUGUUUAACAUGCAGGUACCAUCACAUUGUGCUGUACAAAAGAAACAGUCAUUAAUUUUAUGCCUAGCCAUUUUACACCUGCACUAAAUAAUCUUUUGGGUAGAAAUAGGCAACGAAUUAAUAGUUUGAGUACAAUGGUUUGUUUAAAGACCAUAACUUAGACUGACAGUUUCAUGUUAAAACUUUAUUUUCCCCCGAUUGUGUUUAUUUGUUAAGAUCGAUCUUAAAUUAUGAUUUUCAUAUUUUAUAUAGACUGUAGUUUAACAUUAGGCUAGUUGAGCUACUGUGUAGUUGCUACUGGCAUGCGUACAUAAUUUUAAACUAAAGUGAUGUAAAAGGGACAGUUUUUACACAUCCCCUUUCUGAUUGUUCCGUACAGACCUGCUGAACAAACUUUGCAGUGUGGUGUUGUACAGAAGAAAUCUAUCACCAUGUGCCUAGCAAAGUUUAACUGGUGUCCAUUUAGUUACAAAGAGCAUGGAAAUAAAAGCAGAAAUAAAAUUUAUACAGAGAUGACUAUUUUAAAUUACCUGGCUCUUUGAUGUAUUUAUUUUUCUUGUAAAAUAUUUAUAAAACUGCUUUUAAAAGAGAAACUUCUGUUCUGUGAAUGUUGAAUAUACUUAGAUGAAUUGUGCCUUUUUUGUGUUUGAUAUGUUAAGUUUACAUCAGUAGUAUGAGAAUGGUACAUCAAUCUGUAAAAUAUUUCUCAGAAUUAAAUCUCAUCUGGAACCAACAGAAAGAGACACUGGGCGUCUUUGUGGGCCCGUAGAGGCCAGAAUAAAAAUAAGGGUCUGCACACUGUCUUUUAUGUAUCUGGAAUGUUUCUUAAAUUGAGAUUUUACUUAAACUUUAAUAAUGAAUCUGGAUUUUUUUAAGGCAGUGCUGUUAUAAAAUAAACCAUCUUAACAUGUUGUGUCAGGGAAAUUAUUCUUUUCAAAGAUGGUUCUAAAUACUUUCCCUAUGCAAAGCAACACAACGGGAUUUUGAAUCUUAGAUAAAUUACUUAAUCCAAAUAUGCUUUCUCUGCCAGAUGUUAAGUCCCUCUUAUGGCAGCAUCUGGUCUCCUAGGCUGGAACAUUGUAGGUUUCCAUUUCUUGCAUAGAAAAUCUUUCUCAACGUACUGAGGGAGCACUGAAAUAAAGCACUGUGCUUUCAAGGACAUAUGUACCAGUUUGCACCAUGCAAUAAAUGUAUAUGUUUGUUUUCUCCCCAGUA